CAAUUUUCCAAGCGUGUCAAGGAAAGUUGUCUGCUGCACGGGGAGGCCACCACCAGCUGGGAUCCAUAGCAACCGUGGAUAAACAUGAGUUACUACAGCAUAAGACCCUCCAGCUCCGCCAAUUUCUCCUCUACCUUAACAGCAAGUGCCCUUGAUGAUGAAAGCACCAGCCUCAGGCAGCAGAAGCUGGAAAAGCAGAGGGCGCUGUUGGAGCAGAAGCAGCGGCGGAAGCGGCAGGAGCCUCUGAUGGUGCAGCCCAACCCAGAGGCCCGGCCCAGGCACUCCAGGCCUCGGCGCAGUGAGGAGCAGGCCCCGUUGGUGGAGUCACGCCUCAGCAUCACCAGUGAUGUAAUCAUGGACGGUAUCGACGGCCCUGCUGCCUUCAUGGGCUCUGAGGCCCCAGACCUGGGUACCAAGAUCCAGAUUCUGUCGGUGAGCAAGUCCCAGCCCCUGUCCCUGUCCCAGCCGCUGCACCAGUCUCCCCUCGCCGAGGAGCCUGACCGGGACGGGGACACGGAGACUCUGCUGGAGCCCAAGACGGACAUCCACGAGCUGCUGCAGAAACGAGGUCUGUCAGGCAGUAUGAACUACGAAGAGGCCAGUGAGGAUGAGGAACACGGUGAUGAAGACCGGCCACGCUCGCUGUCCCCCAACCCAGAGUCAACACGGCCUGCGUCUGCUUCCAGCGCAAAGUCCAACACAGAGUGCAUGACACCGGGGUCGCCCACGGCGGAGAGCGCCCUGAUCGAAGUGGACAACCUGGAGGAGUUUGUGGUGCGCCCCGCCCUCCGCGGCGUCACCGUCAAGUGCCGCAUAUCCCGGGACAAGAAGGGAAUGGACCGCGGCCUGUACCCCACCUACUUUAUGCACAUGGAGAGAGAGGACGGCAGGAAGCUGUUUCUUCUGGCUGGGAGGAAGAGGAAAAAGAGCAAGACGUCCAACUACCUGAUCUCAGUGGACGCCACGGACCUGUCACGCGAGGGAGAGAGCUUCAUGGGGAAACUGAGGUCUAACCUGAUGGGGACCAAGUUCACGGUGUAUGACCAAGGCACCAACCCCUGUAAGAACCCUGGAGCUCUGCUGGAGGAGAGCAACACACGACAGGAACUCGCAGCCAUCUGCUAUGAGACCAACGUUCUGGGGUUCAAAGGUCCCCGCAAGAUGACCGUCAUCAUCCCAGGCAUGAACAUGAACUUUGAGAGGGUCCCCGUCCGACCAAACAGUGAGCAGGACAGCCUUCUAAGUAAGUGGCAGAACCAUUCACUGGAGAACCUGAUCGAGCUGCACAACAAGGCCCCUGUGUGGAACGACGACACCCAGUCCUACGUGCUCAAUUUCCACGGCCGCGUCACACAGGCCUCUGUCAAGAACUUUCAGAUCGUCCACGACAACGAUCCGGACUACAUCGUAAUGCAGUUUGGCAGAGUGGCCGAGGACGUAUUCACCUUAGACUACAACUACCCCAUGUGUGCCCUGCAAGCCUUCGCCAUUGGCCUGUCCAGUUUCGACAGCAAACUGGCCUGCGAGUGACCAACCCCAUCACGAUUCCUAACUCGCCAUUCCCUCCAUGGCCUUUUCAACCCACUCCCUCCCCCUCCAGGACAACGCCAACUCCACAACAUCAUCCCUCCACCUCCCCCUCACAGGAUUCAGCGCCUUCCUUGUACAGCUCACCAGCAGUCUGCCACUAUGAAAAUAAUCAUGAACUAUGACCUCUCACCCCUACGUGGUACAUCCAAUCAUGGCACACGAAUCACGCUGACUUGGAGAGCGGAUGAAGAGAGUGGGUGUGUGAAAGAGAGGACAAAAGCAAGUAGAUUUGGGUGGAGGAUAUAGGAUUUUCCUUAUCGGCAGAAAAAUGAAAUUACCGUCCGCAAAGGGAAACUGGUCACAAAUCAUCAAGGCGCCUUUGUUUUCAUUUGUAUUUAUCUGUAGUUCUGUUUCAUUGAGUUUGUAUUGCUUUUUGUUGCUUUAGCUGUUGUAUAUUGGUGAUUUUAUGUGUAUUGAAAUUGAUUGAAAGGGAAAAAGGACACCAAGCAUCAUAGACCAAACUGUCGUGGGCACUUCCUGUUAGGGACAGGACUAACACAGACUAGACCAGGUCACAGGAUAUGGUGUCUUUGAUUUUAUAUCAGAUUUGAAUGUUUUAUAGGCCUCAAAACAUGCCUGAUGAACUUAUGAGUUUGUUUGUUUUUAUGUUUUUAAAGUUGCCUUUAAUGUUGAUUCCAAGUGUCAUUUUACAUUCUGUUGCCUUCCACAAUCACUGUUGUGCGAUUCUUUUGACCAACUCUGGAAACUUUAUGGCCUAUAUCCUAAAAUUCACCUCACUGUCUUCAAAUGGUCACGUGGCUUUGGUUUCCAGCCAUUUUGCAGCAUCAAGAUGUUCAAUAAUUCUAACGUUAAAACUAUUUCAACCCUUUUUUAUUUUCUUCCUCUUGAAGAUGAAUUUCUCGUAAUCACAUUUAUUUGCCUGCAUAUCAGAAAGUCUUGAAGUCAUGCAUGUCCAUCCAAUGUGUCCUCAUCUGUUUUCUUGUUUUAAAAACACACUUUUACUAACGUAUCUCAGUAGCAUUCGGAGGAGUUUGGAACGGAACAUUUCUUACUGCAAUUCCUUUGUACAUGUCAUUUUGUGAUGUCUUAGCCCCAUGUCAAGUUAAAACCUCACGGGAAAGUCAAUAGAGUUGCCCAGCAAGCACGAUUAAAGGAUUUUAUUAUAGUUUUAUAUAAGAUAUGUCUUAAUGUUUGGACAUACGGCUCAUUGUCAAAUAUCACGAAAUGUCAGUCCUAAAUGUAAUUUCAAUGUGUGGAAUACAAAAGAGUUAGCCUGGAAUCCAAACAAUAGAGGAAUAUUCCGUUUGGAUUCCAAGUGACAACGGUCACCCUGUACUCAGUCUACAUUAUAUGCCAAACUUAUCUACCCAUUUAAAAUUACACCAGAUUGGAUAAUAACACUACAUUAUAUAUGUACUGUAACUGGAAGUGCUACUCUGUUCAGCAGACUACACUUGUACUGUACCAUGAAGUCAUUGAGAACCCACUGGGCCAGAACUGGUUGGAUCAACGUUGUUUCCACGUCAUUUCAACCCCAACAUUUGAGGUGAUGACUUUGAAUCAACGUGGAACACUGAUUGGAUUUACAAAAAGGAAUUUUGUCUUUUUUUUAACCCAACUUUUAAAUCCAAUGACUGGGUCAAAUGUUUGGUUGAUUUCACGUUGAAUUCGCAACUCAACCAAAUGUAAAUCAAAACUAGAUGUUGAACUGACGUCUGUGCCCCGUGGGAAAUUACUUUUGGGGCGACAUUUAAGGUGCAAAAUAGUUCAAAUCGGUGCAAAAAUAUAUAAAAAGGUGACCAUAAAAAGUUAUUUAAGUAGAUUUUUUAGUACACUGAAAAAUGCAUAAAUAGUGGCCUUUUUCACAAUGCUCGUUGCUGAAGAAAAGUUAAAAAUUACAUCACAAUGCCAAAUUAUUACUUUUACAGUAUUUUUUGCAUAGGUUUGAACUAUUUUGCACCAUGAAAAAGUCACCCUUGAUUAAAGUUUCAGCUGGAUGGAUAUGCUAUAGAGAUGAUUCUGUCCAGUAGUGUGAUUCUUGUUCUUCGAGAAUUAGGAACAUUCCUGGGUAACCUGCAGGAUGCAUUUGAUUCCUGUCCAAACAAGACAAACACUGAUUAUGUGUGACAGUGUCGGGAAACAAAGUUAAUUCACAAGAUGUACUGUUAGAAAGAGGGAAAGGGUUUGUUUGUACAAAAUAUAUAAAAGAGAGAAAUAUACAGUUUUACUACAAGAUACUUAAGGGGAAUUGCAUUCCAUUCAUAACUUAACUUUCUGACACUUUUUGGGGAAUUGAAUUUCAGAAAUAUGACUGUAAAUAGAAUAAAUUAAGAUAUUGUAAAGUGAACAAGACCCCUUGUAAGUUUAAGUAUUCAGUAAAAAACAUUUAUUUGCACCCUUUCUAAUUCUCUACUUUUGCAUAUUUUUUUAUACUAAAUGUUAUCAGAUCUUCAACCAAAACCUAAUAUUAGAUAAAGGGAACCUGAGUGAACAAAUAACACAAUUACAUACUUAUAUAAUUUAUUUAAUAAACAAAGUUAUGCAACACCAAUGCCCCUGUGGGAAAAAGUAAGUGCCCCCUUAAGCUCAAUUACUGGUUGUGCCAGUUAGCUGCAAUGACUCCAACCAAACGCUUCCUGUAGUUGUUGAUCAGCCUCUCACAUCACUGUGGAGGAAUUUUGGCCCACUCUUCCAUGCAGAGCUGCUGUAACUCUGACAAUUGAGAUUAGGUCAGGACUUUGACUAGGCCAUUCCAAAACUUCAAAUGUGUUGCCUUUUAGCAAUUUAUUUUUGCUUUUGAUCUAAUAUUGGGUUUUGGUUGAAGAUCUGAUAACAUUCAGUAUCAAAAAUAGAAAGGCAGCAAAAACUUUUUCACAUCACUACUGUAUAAACUUUCAUUCAUAGGCUAGGUUGUAGCAACCUCAUGAUGGGUAUAGGGAAAAUGUUAGUAUCAUGUAGUAGCCUAAACCUAUCGGUGUUACAUUAAACUGGGUGAAUGGAAUAUGAAUGACAGUCAUCCAAUAUUCUGUAAUAGAAAUAAGACUAUGCGAUGUUAAAAAUAAAUCCUCCCUAAUCAUAAACGGAACCGACUGCCCCUGAUGUAUUCAGUAAAUCCAUUUAUUUUCAAUAACAUAACGACUUUACAGUUCAUUAAGAACCUUUUU